AUGGUGGUAGAAGGGUUGCCUAGGUUGGUGUCAAAUGCGACCAGUUUAGGAGACUUUAAAGGGUUCCGGUGUAGUGAUAAUGUGAGUGUGAAACUACUUCGAUUCGCCGACAAUACCGUUCUAGUGGGGGAUGGUUCAUGGCAUAAUUUGUGGAGUAUUAAGGCUUUCCUUAGGGGUUUUGAGUUCUCUUCGGGGAUGCAGGUCAAUCUUAGCAUGAGUAAACCCAUCGUUUAUAUCUUGGAGUGUGAUUUUGUCCAGGCGGCGACUGGUUUCUUAUCUUGUGGUAUUGGGUCUCAUUCUUUCACAUUUCUUGGUAUUCCUAUUGGAAUCAACCUGAGAUGUCGGGAGGUGUGGAAGUCUGUUGUGGAUAAGAUCAGAAGAAGAUUGACCGUUUGGCACAAUAGAUUUCUGUUAAUUGGCAGUAAAGUUGUGUUGUUGAAUUCGGUGCUUGCCAAUAUUCCGAUCUUCUUCUCGUUUUAUAAAGCAUCUAAGGUGAUUGUUAAUGAAAUUAUUAUGUUGCAAAGAGUUUUCUUGUGGGGUGGAUCGGAAGAUAAGAAGAGGAUAAAUUGGGUAUGGAGAUUUAGCGUCUUACAGGAUCAGGUUUUUAUUGCUCACGAUAAAGUUUCGUUAUGGUGGAAGGAUUUGCGUCCGGUUGGUAAGGUUGAGAAGGAUAAUCAGGUAAACUGGUUUGUUUCGUCUAUUACUUGCAGGCUUGGAAAGGGGGAUGUUAUAGAUUUUUGGUUGCAUACUUGGUUGGGUUCGGUGUCGCUCUGUUUUCUGUUUCCUUCUUUAUUUUUAGUUUCUAAUCAUCACAGUUACAACGUGAGGGAAUGUGGUUUUUGGUUGUUUGGUAGGUGGGUUUGGGACAUUGGAAUAAGGGCGGAUUUGCUUUCGAAAGAAGAUUUUGUGUUCCUGUCCCAACUUUAUGAGAUUCUUCAGGCUGUUCAAUUAGAUCCGUGGCGGGAUGAUUAUUUCAUUUGGUGGAGAAACAGUGGUGGUUUCUCAAUUAGUGCUAGUUAUUGUAGGAUGGUUGUUGUUGAGACGGGUUAG